AUGUCGCUGCAGCGUGAGGAUAGCGGGGUAACGGAGCUCGAGCAACGAGUUACCGCCCAGAAUGACAUCCUCGAGCUGGAGCCUACACAACCACCUCCUGAGGGAACUGUUACAGAGAUGAUGGAUACCUCGGAUAUUUUAGAGGCAAUGACGGUAUCAAGGCCGCAGCUUGACAAACAAGAUUCUGACGAGAGUUCCGGUGGUGCGAUAAAAGACUCACCGCCUCCACCAGACCCAGAAAAGCUAACGACCGUCAGUGCAGUUCCUGGAUUUGCAGAGACAAUCCUCCCAAAACGAAUCCAGGGCAAAACAUUGCCGGAUGUUUUCAUACAGCACCGGCGGAGCUUCAAGCGAGUCGGAAGGGAUAAAUUUCAAAAUAUGAUGACGCGAACGUAUGAAAAGCCCGUUCCACAGCCAGAGGGGAAUUUGGCCUUUACUCUUCAGUCGACUUUCCACAAUGUUUCCCUGAUUUUACAGGGUUUUCUAUCUGGUUUAACAACAGCACAUGCCGUUUUUGUUUGUAAUUUUGCUGAUAUGGACCUUUUAAUCAAAGGAUACCGCUGGAUGGCGUUACCUGCACAUGUUGUUUUUUACGGAUGCUUUGUUCUGGGAGCUAUUACAGCUUUCGACAGACUCGCAAGCGCAAGUCAUGGAUGGAGCGAUCUACUUAAUUCAUUUCGCAUUAAAAAUGGUGGAUUGCCACUACUGUUAUGGUUGAUCGGGACUGGGGCUUCGGCAUUGACGAUUCGAUUUGAUGAAGCUUUGGCUCCAUCAGAAUAUGAUCGUCAAAGCCAAUUACCAUCCGAUGCCUUGAUAUGGUGGCGGAUACUGUCGACGUUACGGGCGGCUUGUGCUGUAUUUUGUUGGUUGUUGAUGGCGAUGCAGCCGGAUGCAAAUUACUUGAGGGAUCGCAUCCACACCUUCGACCUAAAAGAGGACCAAAGACCAACCGACGAC